GUUUUUUAAACCCCGCCCCUCUCCGCGGCGCAGUGUUAUAUCUGCAGCGAACGCGCCUCACCACAGUGGACCAGAGAGCCCUGCACCGCUGACAGACCCGAAACAACAGCAACAACUCACCAACGAUGGGUGUGACAAUUAGAGUCGAGUACUGUGGCGCAUGAGGUUACCAACCCCGCUAUCAGGAGCUCGCCCUGGCCGUCCGGGGUGAGUUUCCCGAUGCGGCUGUGUCAGGCUUCGUGGGAAGACAGGGCAGCUUUGAGAUUGUCAUCAACGAGCAGCUCAUCUUCUCCAAGCUUGAAACUGGUGGCUUCCCAUAUGAGGACGACGUCUUGAAUGCGGUCCAGUGCGCUGCAGACGGAAAACCUGUGGAGAAGAUCACCAAAAGCCGCGCGCCAUGCGUCAUCAUGUAAACCUCCCUCUGUCCUGCUCUAACAUCAGCAGCAUCGAGUCAGGCCACAGCAACGGUAUACUGCCACCACCACCUCUGGACUACCUCAACCCUGUUAGAGUGGGCUGAGAGAAAACUUUAUACAACCCCGACAGAGAUGCAGUAGCUUUUCUUGGAUGCAGACCACCAGACUCUGCUCUGCUUUUCUGGCUCCCCCUGUGUGUUCUUGUUGUGGUGCUCUGGGCUCUUAAUGAUUACCAUAGCUUAAAAACUUAAAGGUUAUGGUAUGAUGAAUCUUGCCUGGAGCAAACUCUUUCUAGGAACAGAGACGGGGAGAAGAUGGCAAAGUGUUUGAGGGAGAACAUUUUAAUUAUCCGACAGCCUCUAAAACAACUUCUUUUUUUUCUUUUUUUUUUCAAGGCUUCUUUUUAUAUGAUGUCACAUGCAGUUUCACUUUUUCCUUUAAAUUCAAGGGAGGUGCAAAAUAGUUGCACAUUUUUGAGAAUGAAGGGAGACUUAUCUUUAAUCUGUUGACGGUUCUCAGCCUUAAAUCAUUUUUAAGUCUGAGAUUUGAUGACUAUUUCAAACACUCUGAUUUAUGCACCAGUUGCCAGUGAAGAUGUGUCACUGUAGUUUAAUGCAAAAUUUGGCUUAAACGCCUUAAACUGGAAUAGUCUUAAACCUUUUAGAAUGAUUGGUAUUUAAUGCUGCUGUUCUGUGCAGCCACUUAGCUCUGCCAAAUGUCCAGUCUGUGUCUGUUUUCUUGUCCACGAUGAGCUCUUCUGUGAUUAAAACUGGUCAGGUAGUAGAGCGAUCAUCAGAAGUGCUUCUGAAGACCACCGCCCACUGGUCUGUCAGCUCACAGUAGUUGGAUGUCAGCUCAUUUUCCACAAAUCAUCCCGCAUUGUUUACGCAAAUGUCAAAACUGUAGACUUCAAAUAAAGAUAGUGGUUGUUUAAGUUCAA